AUGCAACAGAUAGAGUAUACAAGGCUGGCACACGAUAUACUUCAUUCCCCGACGUUGGAUUUUAUUCUUCACAUCAAGCGAAUGACGUCUUCGAUACUGGUAUCCCUCCUUUAUGGGAAAUCGUUAUCCGAUUUCGGAGACAACAAGUACCUGUUAUUCUUUGACAGUAUCAAGAAGUUCUCUCACUUGGCAGACCCAUUCGCGCAGCCGCCAUUGGAUAUUCUGAGGCUGAGUCCCGCUCGUUGGGCAAAAUGGAAAGGGUUGUCACGAUACACCGCUGGAGAGCGAACUGGAUCAUUCUUGGAGAAGAUCCUCGAUCAUCCAACUCACUUCGAUUUGUCGGCUGAGGAAAUUAGCCAUGUAUUGAUGGAUGGGGGCGUCGAGACAUCCUCGGCAUUCCUCCUGACCUUCAUCCUGGCUCUAGCUUGCAAUCCCGCUUGCCAAGCCAAAGCCCAGUCUGAGAUUGAUCGAGUGAUUGGUGACCACCGCAUGCCAACUUUAGAGGACUUCGAGCAUCUACACUAUAUUCGUGCUCUAAUAAAAGAGACCCAUCGCUUUCGCACUAUUCUUCCCUGUGCUGUACCCCAUGCUGUGUCCAAGGACAUUCGGGGGAUAUACCAUGAUGCAAGGAUAUUCGAGUCUCCCGAUACCUUCGACCCGGAACGCUAUGUGAAAUCAGAAUUCGGGAUUAAGGACGGUGUGUGCUCUGACGGCCUCAGGGACACACUUCCUUUCGGUUCUGGCCGACGUAUCUGUCCUGGGAUAGAGAUGACGGAGAGGACAAUAGCUAUCGACACCAUGAAUCUGCUCUGGGGUUUCAGCUUCACUGAGGAAACUGGUAAAUGUUCCAUGGAUUUAAAGAGCUAUCAUUGUACUACGGAGCUGUCGCCGAACCUGUUUACUUGUGUGAUUGAAGUACGUGGCGCUGAACGCGCUAGGCUCAUUGACGAGACCUAUAUACGACCGCUUAAAACGGUAGUUUUUUGCCCUGCAACUUCUGUUUCAUCGUAUAGACGCGAGUAG